UUGAAGUAGAAUACACUGUAUUGCCAAAAAUAGUAUCAUCGUCUAUUGGUUCAUCUUCCUACCUUAGGACAGGUGGUUUGUUAGUAGCUUUACUGAUGUUAUUAGAUUUCUUUGGUGAAGAAGGGGGAGAAGGUCAUUUAUUUUGA